CGCAGUACUUGGCAGUAUCUGUAGUAAUGUAGUGUUGCGCGGACCGCAGUGUACUUUCAUUGUGAGAAGAUAACGUGCAUCUUUGAAUAUACAUGUGGAUGUGUUAGUGCUAGAUAAUUUUGAAUGUUUGUUGCAGCAAGAACGUUAUAGCCCAGCAAAUACUGAAUGAGCACACGCAUGGAUCAGUGAUAAGCAUUUACUGUCCGUUGACAAAUCAACCUAUUCAUUAGCUACUCUCAGAAUUAUCGAAUAGGUUAUUGUUUUUUUGCGUUUUAGAGGUAAUUUUACAUUCGCAACUGCAAUUUCUUUUUGGCACUUGCUGUCCCUAAUGGCAUAGUACUAAUGAAUAUUUAACAUCGUUUAAAUUAGUGAAUUGUUAUUGUGAAACCUUAAAAUGCGGGUUGAAACACAUCUCGAACGUCUUGGUGAUAAAAAGCAGACAGUUAUAAUAUCAAAACCCUUUUUUCACGUUGGCCGAAUGAAAGAGAAUGACUUGGUCUGUUUAAGUUUACUUGUCUCAAGAAGGCACUGCACUUUCACCAAUUUGCCAGAUGCAUUAUAUGUUACUGACUUGGGGAGCUCUAACGGAGUCUACAUAAAUGGUUCUCAGGUCAAACCAUACAAUGAAACACAACUUAAAGAAAAUGAUAUUGUUAGUAUUGGUUGUGAAUUGAGUAAUGACUUACGAAAUGACAUGUUUAUAUACAGGAUUAUAAAAAGGAUUGUCAUGAAAGCCAGUGAAAUUAGUGAAUCUGAUAGCUGUGAACUCAAAAGCAUAAAUAAAAAACGUUCAAGAUUAAAUACCACUUUUGAAUAUGAGAAGCCAGCCAAAGUAUCAAAAAUUGAAUCAAAUGCCUCUAUUAGUUGCAUAAACUUAGAUGAUGAUGAUGAUAUUUUAAUGGUAUCUCAUACAAAAGAUAAUGAAAUACCAAAAUUAAAUAGUGUACAGAAAAACAAUCAUGAAACCAAAUCAAUUAUAAAUAGUGAAAAAUCCAAUUUACAAAAUGUUAAUCCUACCAAAAAGAUUAAUGGUAUGAAAAGUAAUAAUGUUACCAUUAUAAGUAGAGAGAAAGUUGAUACACCUUCAAGCGAUCACAGUUCUAAUAAACAAAUUAAAGAGCCUCCUAAGAUUAUUGAAUCUAUUAUUUUAAACAAAAAAGAUAAAAAUUACCUCAUGAACAAAAGAAAAACUCUAUUGUCAUCAAAUAGAAAUAGUUCAGGCUUAAACCAUGAAAAAACAGAUCCAGAAAAAGAAAAAAAUAAAAGUAAAUCAGAAUUCAAAAAACCAUCACUGCCAGUACAAAUGAAAAGUGAAGAAAUUAAAAAUCCUGUAUUAAAUGGUGAAGUCAUCUGUUCUAAUCAAAUAAUUAAAAGUGAAAUCAUGGAUUACAAUGAAGAUGAAAAUCAACAAAAAGAAACUUUCAAUGUUAAUGAUUCAAAAACAGCUCAGUCUAAUAUUGAUGCUGAUUGCACAAAAACAAUUGAUUCAAAUAGUGAUACAAGUUCUAAAACAAUAGCUAAUUCAAGUAUAAAAACCAAUUCUGGAAUAACAAAUCAUUCAAACAUUAAGACGACUAAUAUUGAGACUACUACAAUAGAUCAUUCUAAUAUUAAAGUGGAACCUGAUAACGCAGAAACUCCAAUGAACAUUAAACAGGAAAUUUAUUGGGGAACAUUUUCUCAAGAAGAUGUAGUAGAAAUUAAUGAUGAUGAUGAUGGUUUCUUCCCAUCUUCUCAGUUAUUUGACAGAUCUAUUGUUAAGCAAGAAAAUGAAAAAGAAGCAGAAGCUGAUAAUCCUCCACCACAGACAUCAUAUUAUGAUGAUGAUGAAGAUGAAAAUUGUAUAACUAUUUUAGAUAGUAGUGACAGUGAAUGUGGAGAACAACUACAAGUGAGAAUAGAAUCUCAUGGAAUACCUGGAAUGGAAGAUAUCACAGAUAUGUGUCAUGGUUCAACCACUGGUGUACCUAAUAAUUGCAGGGACAAUUUAUCUGCAAAUAAUACUUCAACUCCUUUUGAAGUUGAUCAUUCUAAUAUUUCCAUUUUAGAACAAUUUAGUCCAGUUUCUUUUAGUGAAGUUGAUGAUUUGGAUAAAUUGGAAAAUAGUUCUAAAUAUGGUAAGACAUAUUCAAACGCUCAUACACAUUUUGCAUGUCUUAACAAAAUUGACACUUCAAGUAAUGCACAAUUGAUUAAUUCAUCAGUAUUGAAAGAUGUGGAUCCAAGUGUACAACAACUGAUAAAUGACUUGACAGCAGCGAAUGAAAAAUUACACACUGAACAAACAAUAGAAGAUAAAAGUUUUAAAGCCUCUAAAAAUAAAAAAAGAGCUGUUGAAGUAAUUGAACCACAUCAUAUGAAACCUAAAAAAAGUAACAAAAAAUCAGAUAAAAGUAAAAAGGAAACAGAACUUAAAAGUAAAACUGAAGGUGCAUUGAAAAGUAGAACCCGUAAAGAUGAAGAACGUGUCCAUUCAUCUAAAGAUUCAAAAAAAAGAAAAGACUCAAAGACUCGCAAUUCUAAAAAAACAGAAUGUCCUAGUGAUAUCAAAUUAAAACAAAAUAAAAAGACUGAUAAAACUGAAAAUUAUGAUGAAAAUAAUAAGAAUGCACCUGUUUUAAAUGAAACAAAAUCAACUCCUGAGCACCAGGGAAGACCAAGGUGUAAAACAACAAUUGUUAAAGUCAAAGUUUCUACUAAAACCCGUGGAGAUAUGCUGUGUGAUUCAAUGCAAAAACUGGAAACAAAAGCUCGUCAACCUAAAAAACCUGAAACAAAAAAACCAACUAUUGGAUCAUCAUCUUUAGCAACAUAUAUUAUACCCCGCAGACAAGUACCAAUCCCACUAGUUCCUAGUGAAGACAGUACUGAAAUAAAUCACUCUUCCAUAACUACUGACAGAGUUUCUCAGACAGAGCUAACAUUAGAUGUGCAAGCACCUCCAGCAAGAGAUAAAUUAGAUAUUCAAGGAGAUGAAUUACAAAAUAAUUGUGUUUCUUCUACAGUAUUAACUAAUACCUCCAACAAUAUAAAUCAUGAACCAGUCUCUUCGGAUACUAAUAAUUGUGGAUCAACUUCACCAAUAUCAGAGCCAUCAGAAAGUACAAUUACUACAAAAACAAAAAAAAUUGUGUCGUUUAAAGAAAAUAUUGCUGACGUUAGAGAAUUUUCUAUUAUCGAAGGAAAUAAUUUAAGAAAUAUUAAGGAUGGAAAAAGUCUUCGAAGUACUAAAAAAAUCAUUAAAAUUCCUAAAGUUUUACACUUGAAAAUUGAAGAUUUUCUAGCAAGAAUUUUUUCUUGGGAACCUGUUUGGUUGGAGCAACAACAGACAGUAAAGACUAGCCCUCCUCCAAUAAUUGAUUUUACACAGCUAGAAAAUUUACCAAAUACUUUCUUAAGUUUUGAUCAUUAUUAUAAGAAAAUGGAAUCCCUUCUACUUUUAGAAACUUGGCAGCAACUAACAAAAGAAUAUGAGUGUACUGGAACAAGAUUUGUUACAUCUACUGCAGUAUUUUGUCAAAUUAGUCGGGGUGAUAUUCGACAAAUGCAAACACCCAAUGGCUUGAGAUAUACAGAAAUUAACGUACAAGCUCUUGUAACCAAGCAGGAAUUAAUGCAGCAAACUCUUCCUCUUUAUGGAGAUAUGAUUAUAUUAGAAUUUAGUACAGCCCAAAACUCUUCAAGGAAUACUAAAUUCAAAAGAUUAUUUGGCUAUGUCACAGAAGUGCAACAACAAAAUCCAGCAAAAUAUUCAAGAAUUAAUGAAAAACUAAGUAGAUACUGUAAAAAGCCUGAUUUCCACAUGACAUACGUGGUGCAAACUCGCUUGAUAGAUCAAAAUGCCAUCCAAAUGGAUCAAAUAUCAAGAAUACGAAGCAUAUUAUAUCUCAGACCUCAUCUUCGCUUAAUUCAAGGCCUACAAUAUGUGCCUCAUUCUGCUCUUCAAGAUUUGAUUUUGAAUGUUGAAAUUGAUGAAUUCCAAUUAGCUACUGUAACUACGGAACAAAUUCGUCACUAUGAUCUUAUGACUAAGGAAAAAUUGAAUGAUAAGCAAACAGAAGCCGUAAUUAAAUUUACAAAUUCAUCUAUUAACAAAGAGCCUAAAAUUUGUCUUUUAGUAGGACCUCCAGGUACAGGUAAAUCAAAAGUAAUCUCUAAUUUGGUGAUGCAAAUCCUCUAUGGAGAUGGCAGAUAUGUCAAUGGGAAACCCCUAAGAAUUUUGUUAUGUGCUCCAUCCAACGCCGCUGUGGAUGAACUUGUUUUACGAUUACUAAAUAUAAGGCAAAGAAUAGGAGAACAUAAAUUUCGAAUGGUUAGAAUUGGAAGAGCGGAAGUUAUGCAUACCGAAGUGAAAAAAAUUUCCAUCACAGAAUUAGCUAAAAAAGAUGUCCAAAACACAACAAACCAAGGUCGCCAAAAAAAUCUGGAAGAAGUUGAAAAAAAAAAACAUCAGUUGUCCGAAAAAAUUGAAGCACUGGAAAAGUUAAUUCAAGGUGAUUUACGUAAUCAAAUUUAUUUAAAAGAUCUUAAAAAGUUCCAAGGAGAGCUUGAUCGGCUAUGCCGUAAAAAUCCCAAUAAAGAAGCUGUAGAGAUGUCCAAAGCAUUGCAAAUGAGUAAAGUCCGUAUUCUAAAAGGAGCAGAUAUUAUUGCCUGCACAUUGUCUUCUUGUUAUUCUGGUUUGAUGGAGACGCUUUUUGGAGGAAAUUCUCCCGAUAAAAUUGCUACUUGUAUAGUUGACGAAGCGACUCAGUCCUGUGAAGCCGAAAAUCUUAUUCCUUUAAUGUUGGGCGUGAAAAGUCUUAUCCUUGUUGGCGACCCCAAUCAACUGCCGGCGACAGUCAUGUCAACAGAAGCUAAAAAACUUGGUUUGGAUCGAUCACUGUUUACAAGAACCAAAGAAGCUCUAGAGCCCCAAGUAAAAGAUGAUAAUCCAAAUUAUAAGAAUCCUGUGAUAAUGCUAAAUUUACAAUAUCGAAUGGUUAGCGCAAUUUCUCACUGGCCGAACAAAUACUUUUAUAAAGGAAAACUGGAAAAUUCUACUAAUUAUAAUCAAAAGUUUCCAUUCCACGCAUAUCGCGUAUUAAACAUUGAUGGGUUUCAAGAUGAUGUUAAAUUUUCCAAUACAAGUGAAGCUGUUUUCAUUGCUCGACUGAUAAAGUGUUUGAUGAUGUAUGGAAAACAUGAAGCUUGGAAAGGAAAAAUUAGUAUAGGAAUAAUAACACCCUAUCAAAAUCAAAAAAAAUUAAUCAACACCAAAAUAGAUAACACAAUCAGAGGAGUUGAAGAUAAUACGAAAAACAAGUUUGAGAUUGAAUGUAAUACUAUUGAUAGUUUUCAAGGCCAAGAAAGAGACUUGAUAAUUAUGUCUUGUGUUAGAAGUAGUGGAAUUGGAUUUAUGUCGGAUCACCAAAGAUUAUGCGUAGCACUUACCAGAGCGAAACAUUCUUUGAUCAUAUGCGGAAAUUUCACAACUUUUGAGAGAGAUCCUAUGUGGAAAGAUUUGCUAUACGAUGCAAAAGGUCGAGGAGUUUUCAUGCGAUUAAAUGUUAAUGCAGAUCCAUCUAAAAUAAGACCUCAUGUUGUUCGAAUAUAAGAUAUUGGAAGGAUAUAAGUAAAUCGUUUAGUUAGCUAACGAUGCUGUUGAACGUUUUUAAUAGAUUUCGUACCUGGUGCCAUCAGUAUAAUUAUAAGACUUGAGUUAAUUUUUUGUAUUAUACGUUAUUUUGUACAGUGUUUAUUAAUUUGCAUCUUUAACUGGCAAAUAUGUGCCAAAAACUAUUAUAGUAUAUUUUUUAUACCAGUUAAAAAUAAUUUUUGGUAAUGAAUUUUCUCUUUUCAUAUGGUAAUAGAUAGUAUUUUUGUCAAUGCAUUUAAAGUGUCUUUACAAACAGUGAAUUUUGUAAUAUAAUAAAGUAAGCGCCUUCGAAAUGUUUUAUUAUCAAUUCUUUUUAAAAAAAGCCAAACGUCUGAAGUAAGUUGUUUCGUUAUUCUUGGCUGUAAUACUUGUGAAACCAAAAUGAAUAUUUGUUUUCUACAAAUGUUUUUCUUUAUUUUGUAAUGAAAAAUCUGUAAGUGUAUUUGUUAUGAUUACAAUAAAAAAAACUUUACUUCUCACGAGAAGUAAAAAAUGCUAA